UAUCACCGUUCUCCCGCUGAACACGCCCCCUGACAACGAAGUGGAGCCCUUCGCCAGUCCGCCUAAUAAGGACGAUAGACAACUCUGUACCGGGGCUCGUCUAUAGAGGCCGGGGAUCCCGCCGCCGGAAGUCAUCGGUCGCUAGCACCAUGUCCCGCUACUCUAGGCCGCCCAACACCUCUCUGUUCGUCAGGAACGUGGCCGAUUCCACUAGGCCGGAGGAUUUGCGGCGUGAGUUUGGUCGGUAUGGCCCAAUAGUAGACGUUUACGUUCCUCUUGACUACUACAAUCGUCGCCCCAGAGGAUUUGCUUAUAUUCAGUUUGAAGAUGUUCGUGAUGCUGAAGAUGCUCUUUAUAAUCUAAACAGAAAAUGGGUUUGUGGACGUCAGAUUGAAAUACAAUUUGCUCAAGGAGAUCGGAAAACUCCUGUGCAAAUGAAAUCAAAGGAGAGACAUACCUGUUCCCCAGAUGAUCGUAGGAGGUCUAGAAGCCGCAGUAGAAGACGUACACGUAGUCGAAGCUCUUCUUGGGACCGCAGCAAGAGGAGGGCAAGGCACAGAAGGCAUUCAUAUAGUCAUUCAAAAUCCCAUUCAAAGUCGCCUGUAAGACGGUCAAGAUCACCCCAAAGACAUUCUUUCUCAAGAGGACGGUCUAGGUCAGCAGAGAAAUCACCAUCUGGCUCGCCACCAAAGCAGACUGGAUCAAAGUCGAGAUCUGGCCAGCACCGUUCUGGCUCUGCAAAAUCUCGUUCAAAGUCUCCUCGUCAUAAACACUCUAAUUCGAACUCGCAUAGGGAAAUAACCCAACAAUCCCGUUCAAGAUCUAGGUCACGAGGCUACAGGGGAAAGAGCAGCCGACAAUCUGGUUCUGAUGAAGAUUAAUGUCUUUACUCGCUGCACCAGAACAUGCAGAGCAAUAAAUGGUUUGCAUAUUCCUGGUUUAAGAAUUGCUGGUCAUAUCAUGUAAGCUUCCUGAGAAGAAAACUCUUCUCAACACUUCAGAUAAAUACAACUUCAUCAAGAAAAUUAGUGGAGUUCUGCUAAAAAAAAAAGAAAAUUAGUGGAGGCUUUUUUUUUUCCUUUUUUCCCUCUUUAAAAAAAAAAAAAAAAAAAAAAACAGUAUUUGUAUUGCCUCCAAUGUGUGUUUUACUCUUUUGUUAUUAGAAUUUCCUUUUAUCAUACGUGCUGAAUUUAUGAUGGCUAAAUGAGGUAGUUUUUGUGAACUUUUUUUUAUAAGUUAAAUGUAAUGGUUUGUAAAUUGGAUCCUCAUUCAAAAUGGUGUAUCCUGUAUUUGGAGGGAUAAAGUUGGAUCUGUGGAGAUUUUCGGUUUUUGGGGCAUCGGUGAGGAGAUCCUACCAACUCAAAUUAACUUUAAGAUGCAGCAGCAGAUUGAACCCGUGCCCUGUUCCACUACGAGCAGAAGGGUCUAUUUUGGGUGGAGUUUGCUUUAAAGCCAAUUCGUAGCCUUAUUAAAUGGGCCUUGCAUAGUUCAUUCUCCCCAGUCCAUGUUUGGGGUUGUGGUUUUCUACAUUUCGGACUGCAGAAAAAAAGGGGUGGCAACUAUCACCUGCUUCACUAGCUAAGGUUCUGCACAGGAACCAUCAGGCAAAAGGCAGUAAACAUGGGGCCAGGACUCCUAAAGGGUACUCUGCAACAAACCUGAAAGCACAUGCAGGGUGUGCCAGCUAUACUAUCAGAUUGUUUGAUAAAGCUACCGAUUGCACUUUGAGCAGAUCUCCUCAUUGUUUUGUAUGUAACAGAACAUACGUUUGAUAAACGGACAAACAAUGUCUAUAUAGCUUUAUGUUUACCUUUUUUCAUCUUUAGUAGCUCUUAAACGUUUAAGAUGUGUAACAACAGUUUUACAGUCAUGUUUAUGUAAAAUUCUUUGUUUAAAAAAAACAAAAAAAACACAUUUCCUUGACAGAAUUACCGAUGUA